UUUCGUUCUUUGGGUGAAUUGUACCCAACAGCCUCCCACCCCAGUCCCCACCCCGAGCCCGUGAAACCCUAGCGCAUUCGUACGCCGGCGGCGAUGUCGGGCUACCCUUUUUACCCGUACGGCCGCGGUGGCGUAGGCGACGAUGCGUCGGCGAUGUCGGACUACCCUUUUCACCCAUACGGCCGUGGUGGGGUAGGCGACAAUGCGGCGGCGAGGUACUCUUCCUACGAGAUCGACCUCAUCGCGGCGCGCUACGCUGGCGACCCGUCAUCCUACCCCUACCCCUCCGCCUCCGGCGGAUUCGACCCGCAUGUCGGCGCGAGGCGACCCGCAGAUGGUGAGAGCAGCCCAUUCCCUGUUCUGCUAAGUGUUCUCUAUCAUCAAUCUAUUAUGGGAAGCCAUAGUACUAUUGGGCAGAGUGAUGCAUUUUAUUCUCCGAACACUAUGGUCAAACGCCCUAGGCUUGAAAGCAGCCUUCCUAUUUAUCCACAGCGACCUGGGGAAAAGGAGUGUGCUUUCUAUAUGAGGACCAGAACAUGUAAGUACGAAGAAACCUGCAAAUUUGACCAUCCACAAUGGGUUCCAGAGGGCGGGAUUCCAAAUUGGAAAGAGGGUACAAAGGCUGGGGAAUCCUAUCCCGAACGUCCAGGGGAACCAAAUUGUCCUUUUUUUGUAAAGACUGGUGAGUGUAAGUUUGGGUCUAAAUGCAAGUUCAACCAUCCAAAGAAAAAGGAUGACGGAACAGUGGCUGGACCAGGCGAUAAAGAGUCUCUAUUUUCUGCUAAUUCUACCUUACCGGUGAAGCCUUCUGAGCCUUGUCCGCAGGAGUCUCUAAUUUCUGGUAAUUCUACCUUACCGGUGAAGCCUUCUAAACCUUGUCCGCACUAUGCAAAAGGCAAAUGCAAAUUAGGAACAAAUUGUAAGUUCAUUCAUGCAAAGGAUAUGGAGCCACCUUCAAGUGGUGGAAAUGAAUCUGAAAAUACAGCAACUGCUGAAGCAGCAGGGCACCAUGGUGCAGUGCAUGAUUCAGUUUCAGCAAAGAAGUUAGCACCAGUUGCUCUGGAGCAUAACUCAAAGGGCAUGCCUAUAAGACCAGGUGAAGUUGAUUGCUCAUUUUAUAUUAAGACGGGCAGCUGCAUGUAUGGUAGAACAUGUCGGUUCAACCAUCCUGAACGACAUAUUCAAGCAUCUGUUGUCCCUGGCGAGAUGCUAAAUCCAGCUGUGAAAUUCCUGCCGAGCUUUGAUUUUCGCGUGACACAUGUGCCGAUUGAACCUGAGCCAAUCACCUACCCUCAGAGGCCUGGAGAAACUGUUUGUGAUUUCUAUAAGAAGACAGGAUUUUGUAAAUUUUCUGAAAAAUGCAAGUUUCACCAUCCAGUUGAUCGGUCUGCACCUGAUUCCAUUGCAAAGUGGGAGCCGUCUCAGCAACCUGUGACGCUUACUGUUGCUGGCUUUCCAAGGAGAGAGGAUGCUGAGGCUUGUGCCUAUUACAUGAAGACCGGCGCAUGCAAGUUUGGCGUCCAGUGCAAGUUUGACCACCCGCCCCUUGGGGAGGCCAUUGCCAAGGUUUCGAAGCAUGGAGAAGGAAAGGAAGGUGGAAAGAAGAAGGUGGUAGGACUGAGUUAUGUCCUGGAAAAUUAGACCCGCUCAAGUUCCCCGUCCCCAUUUCCAUUCCGAGCAUGUUUCCGUCAUCAGACCUGUGGUAUAGUAUAGUGGCAGCAGCACUGCAGGAGAUAAAGCAGAGCACGCUCUGCCUGUGCGCGGUUGGUUAACGUUGUUACUCGUCAUGGCUUUACUUACUAGCUGACCUCUGAAUCUGGUGUACCGUUGGUUCCUCGCUUGCGCGGGAUAGUAGCAAUGGAUGUCUGGCUGGUGCAGUCGCCAUGCCGUGGUAGUAAGGGUCCGUGAUGGCUGGCAUCUCUCUCGUGCAUUGCAUGCAUGGCGUCGCCCCUGCCUACACAUAUGUGUUUGCAUUAAUGGCUACCUUUUCCACGUGCC